AUGGCCCAAGUUCCGGACGCGUCUACAGUGCCAGUACCUGAUGUGAGCCCUGAGGAAGAGGCUUUGCUGUUUGGGUCUCAAGGACAGCCGACAGCACCUGCUGGAGGAGCGAACCCUUUUGCGUCGCCUCCGGCAACUCCAGCUCAAGCUCAUGCUUCGCCUGCUGGAAGCCAAGUGGGUGGAGUACAAGCUGGAAAUGGCCUUGGUGAAGGCAACUUCCAAGCCAUCUUCUUGGAGAUGCUAAGGCAGCAAAGUCAGGCCAACCAGCAGAACCAGCAGUUGAUAGCUGCCCUCAUGAGAAGGAUGGAUUUGGAAGAGAAGCGUCGAAAUGAGGCUGAAGAGAAGGCAGCGGAGACCGCACGUUUGGUUGCGGAGGCUGCAGCUAGAGCCAAGACGGAAGACCCUUUUGCAGCUGCACCGAGCACACCUUCUGUGCCUUUUGCAGGAGCUACCUCGUCUUCAAGUUCUGUUCGGAGCCCACUGGUGCAGAAUAGAGCGGAGAAGUACCUUCCAUCUCUGCCGAUGCUAGAGCAUCAAGGCAUGAACAAGGGCAGAAUGCGAGAAGUCGAGACAUGGCAUGCCUACUUGGAGACACUGUCAUCGUGGCUUGCUCUUCAAGAUGAGUCUUUCGUUCGAGAGUUGCAACUCUGCGUCAAGCAAAAGAAUGAGAUCCUUCAGAAGGAUUUGGCGGAUGAUGUUGCUGCUCGAAGUGCGAAGCUUUACUACUAUCUCACCCAAUCUCUCUCACGUUGGGAAAGAGGUCAGGAGUUGCUACGCUCGUGCUCGAAAAGGCAGUCUCUCAGUGCCUGCGGAUACGAGGCGGUUAGGACCAUCACGCAGCAAUAUAGCAUCGUGUCUUGCAUGGAAGCUGUCUAUGUGCGGGAGCAGUGCCUCAAGUUGGCGACUACGUGCCAGCAUCACCGACGGCCGACGGACCUCAUCCGUCACUUGGAGGACGAGUUUUCUCGUGCCGAAUCCAAGCUUGGGAACUUUCCAGAGUUGCGUCUCACGGAGGCUGACCGCUGCAGUGUUUUGCUGCAAGCUCUGAGCCAGGAGCUCAGACAGUACGUCGUUCUUCAUGGAAAGAGCAACGACUGGACAUCGCUGAGCGAGAGCCUUCGGUACUAUGAGGAGCAGCUUCGUCUGUGUGAGGGUCCCUUUUCCUCAAGUCGGCAGAUGUCAGGAAAAGGUGACAAGCUUUGUGACCACUGUGGACGAAAGGGACACCUGGCUAAGGACUGCUGGAGCCGUCAGCGUGAAGCCGGUGAAAAGGGCAAGAAGGGCGACAAGGGGAAGAAGGGCGAUGGCAAGGGAGCACAGAAUCCCAAAGGCAAGGGCAAAGGCAAGAAGAAGAAGAAGGCUAGAGUCUAG